GUUCUCAUGACUCAUUUAGCUUUUACAUCGAUGAAGCUUCUCCAGUUGGUCCUGAACAGCCAGAGACGGUCCAGAAUUUUGUGUCUGUUUUUGGGACUGUGGCUAAAAAGCUGAUGAGGAAGUGGCUGGCUACACAGACCAUGAACUUCACCAGCCAGCUGGGGGCAGGUAUACGGUAUUUUGAUCUUAGAAUUUCCACCAAGCCCAGAGAUCCAGACAAUGAGCUCUACUUUGCUCAUGGUUUAUUCAGUGCCAAAGUCAAGGAGGGUCUGGAAGAGAUCAAUGCGUUUCUUGCUGACCACCCAAAAGAAGUGGUCUUUUUGGAUUUCAAUCACUUCUACGGGAUGCAGAAAUACCAUCAUGAAAAGCUUGUCCAAAUGCUCAAAGACACAUACGGAAACAAAAUGUGUCCUGCUAUAUUUGCCCAUGAAGUAAGUCUCCAGUACCUGUGGGAAAAGGAACACCAAGUGCUGGUGUUCUACCACAGUCCAGUGGCUCUCGAGGUAGCAUUUCUUUGGCCAGGCCAGAUGAUGCCAGCUCCCUGGGCAAACACAACAGAUCCAGAAAAGCUGAUUCAAUUCCUCCAGGCAUCAGUCACUGAAAGAAGAAAGAAAGGUUCCUUCUUUAUAUCUCAAGUAGUGCUGACACCAAAGGCUAGUACGGUGGUGAAGGGGGUUGCUAGUGGUCUCAGAGAAACGAUCACAGAAAGGGCUCUUCCUGCAAUGAUGCACUGGGUCCGAACUCAGAAACCAGGAGAAAGUGGUGUGAACAUUAUCACUGCAGAUUUUGUAGAACUCGGCGACUUUAUCAGCACAGUCAUAAAGCUCAACUAUGCCCUGGAUGGAGGCGAAGAUGACACUACCUGAUAGUCCUAUGAUACGUGUUCUGUUGCAUCGUU